AUGGCUGGGAGAUUCUCCACCUUCCUCAAGGGAAGGGAACCAGUACUUGUGGUGUUCACCACCAAUGGGAACCUCACUAUAAUUAUGUCCUCUCUGGGCCUUGACAUCAAGUAUGGCAACAGCAUCAAACCAGCCACACCCUACAAUUACUCAGUGCCUGUGAGAGAGAAUGGGAACAUGCCUGAUGUGCCUAGCCACCCUCAGGACCCUCAGGGCCCAAGCAUGGAAAAGCUAAAGAAUGAUGAAUACUCCCAUAGAUAG